GCUAGUCUGUUGUCGAGUUGACACCCUCCCAAAACCUCGGCAGCAGCUAAGCUGCACAGUCGACAUGGCAAGAAAAUAUCGCAACUAUUUCCUAAAGAAAGAUGAAGAUCUUCCAAGUCUUUUGGAAUGAUAUUCAUCACGCGAUGUGAUCCAAAAUCCACAAUGUGUGAGGACAUUUAAGAACAAUUGAGUUCGGAAGAAAAAAUCUUGAUUCCAGUGGAAUCUUCCAUAUAUAUAUAUUAUUAUUAUUAUUAGAUUUUUUUCUGUGUUAAAGCUUACAUAUAUUUACACACCCUCGUCCCAUCAACAUAUAACCAUGCCAGUGCAAGCACCACAAUGGACCGAGUUCCUGCUGUGCCCAAUCUGCACACAGACAUUUGAGGAGACUGUUCGCAGGCCCAUCAGCUUGGGCUGUGGACAUACUGUCUGCAAGAUGUGCCUGAACAAGUUGCACCGAAAGGCCUGUCCCUUUGACCAGACAGCCAUUAGUACAGACAUUGAGCAGCUACCUGUCAACACAGCCCUGUUGCAGCUGGUGGGAGGCCAGGUUCCUAAGGCUCAGCCAGUUGCCUUGAUUACCAGUCCAGAGGACUCGCAGCAUUAUGAGGAGGCCAGGCAGUGUGUGGAGGAGCUGGCCCUCUACCUCAAACCUCUCAGUAACACCAGAGGUGUGGGUCUGAGCAGCACGGCCCAGAGCAUGCUGAGUCGACCCAUGCAGAGGAAACUAGUAACUCUGGUCCACUGCCAGCUGGUGGAGGAGGAGGGCCGAGUGAGAGCCAUGAGAGCUGCCCGCUCUCUGGGUGAGCGAACCGUCACAGAACUCAUCUUGCAGCACCAGAAUCCACAGCAGCUCUCCUCCAAUCUGUGGGCCGCCGUGCGUGCGCGAGGAUGUCAGUUUCUAGGCCCAGCCAUGCAGGAGGAAGCUCUAAAGUUGGUCCUUCUCGCUCUAGAGGAUGGCUCUGCACUGUCCAGGAAGGUGUUGGUUCUUUUUGUAGUCCAGAGGCUUGAGCCACGCUUCCCACAGGCCUCUAAGACUAGCAUAGGCCAUGUGGUGCAGCUCCUCUACCGGGCCUCCUGCUUCAAGGUGACCAAACGUGAUGAAGACUCAUCCCUGAUGCAGCUGAAAGAGGAGUUCCGUACUUAUGAGGCUCUGCGGCGUGAGCACGACUCUCAGAUAGUUCAGAUUGCCAUGGAGGGUGGGCUGCGCAUCGCACCUGACCAGUGGUCCUCUCUGUUAUAUGGAGAUCAAUCUCACAAGUCACACAUGCAGUCUAUCAUAGAUAAGCUGCAGACCCCAGCGUCUUUUGCUCAGAGUGUCCAGGAGCUGACGAUUGCGCUACAGAGGACUGGAGACCCAGCCAACCUCAACAGGCUGCGGCCCCACCUAGAACUACUGGCCAACAUUGAUCCAAGUCCUGAUGCUCCCCCUCCCACAUGGGAGCAGCUUGAGAAAGGGUUAGUAGCAGUCAAAACAGUGGUGCAUGGCCUGGUGGACUUCAUCCAGAACCACAGCAAGAAGGGAGCUGACCCUCAACAGCCUCCUCAGCACAGCAAGUACAAGACAUACAUGUGUCGUGACAUGAAGCAGAAGGGAGGCUGUCCUCGUGGAGCCAGCUGCACCUUUGCUCAUUCUCAGGAAGAACUGGAGAAGUAUCGUAAGAUGAAUAAGCGUCUGGCAGCUCGCCUCCCUGGCUCUGGAGGGCUCAUGCCAGAUGAGGGCCUUCCUCUUGAUGUAGCAGUGACCCGAAAGCCUUCACCCCUCACAAACGGCAGUGGUGGACCCUCUUUGCCCCAGCUCAUUGCCCGCGGCACCGACACAGUCCCAUAUGAACUGUUGCGCAAACCCAUGAAGAUGGACGGAGGGAGUCCCAGUGCCCCAGGAUCACCUCCUGAUCCCCUGGACCCUGUGCUGACCAAACCUGGUAUGCCUUUGCCACCUCAUGCCAUGGCCCACCCAAGGAUGCCAGUGGACCACCUCUCUGGGGUGAAGCACAUGCCUGUGGUAGCCAGAGGUUCACCGGUGUACCCCCAGCCACAGCUCCCUGAGAUGUGCUACGACACUCGCCCACCACCUUCUGCUUCUCAAUAUGAGCCCCCACAGUACCCCACAGGGUACCCGUACCAACAGCCACCACAGUACGUCCCUCGAGAUUACAUGCGUAACCCUCCUCCCCCCAGUGAGUCAGGACCACCUUACCAGGACCCCUACCCUGGCUACGGCCCUCCAGAGCGCUCCUACCAGGCCCCUCACUCUGGUCCACCUUUCUCUUACCCUCACCCUCCUCACCAUGACCGAGGUCGCCACGGGACCUACACUGGCCCACCACCUCCCCCACAGCCUUACCCAUCACAGAGGGAUGGCCUGGUCAGAAUGAGUCCCGCACCUCUGGAUAUUCCCCCACAAUCAGCAGGACAGGCUAACUCGCUUUACCACCAGGAGCCCAGUACCCGUGAUAGAUACCCACCAGAUGGCUACUACACACCCAGUACCCAGCCUCCACCAAUGAGGACUUACGUCAGGGGGCCAUCAUAUAGUGGUUCACAGCCCAGCCUGGACUACCUGCACCGACGUCGACAGGAGCUGUUAUCCCAGCUGGAGGAAAGGAAGGUCAUCUCCCCUCCUCCAUUCGCUGCCUCCCCCACUCUGCCUCAUCCCUUCCCCAGCGACUACCCCCCAGAGUAUGGCGAGGAGAGCUCCAAAACCAUGGUGAAAUGCAGAGAGCCUGACUAUGCAGGGCAGUACUCUCCCUGGUCUUGUGAGACCAUCGGCUCCUACAUUGGCACAAAGGACGCCAAACCCAAAGACGUUAUGGUGCCUGGUACCAUGGACAUGAUGAACGCAGAGGCUAAGGGUCUGAGGGAACCGUCUCUGGAGGCUCCUCGGAGGGGUGCAGAAGUCAAAGAUGAUGACCCCAUUAUCCCUUUUGGCCCCCAGCCCACUGUGUCGCGCUUCGGGGCCAUCUCCCGCACCUCAAAGACGGGCUACCAGACCACAGGCCCUGUGCAGGCUAUGGCAUCCACUCCCCAGAACCCAAGCUCUAAACAUAUGGCCAUGCCAGCAGAAUACACAUAUGGAAGCCAUGUAGGAUGGGGUGGAGCGUCAUACCCCUCCCACCCAACUGCCGCCUCCACUCAGGGACACUUCAGUGAGCGCCUGCCUAUGGCAGAGAGAGAGCAGUUAAAGAUUGAGCUGCAGCAGGUCAACCAGCAGAUCAACCAACAGACCCAGAUGCGAAGCAUGGAGGCUGCCAGUAACUCUUUGCUGCUGCAGCGGGAGGCCAGUGCAUUGGCGGGCCAGCCUGUGCAGCCCAGCCAGGGCCAGGCAGCAGCGGCUCAGCAGCAGCAGCAGUCACAACAGCAGCAGCAGCAACAGCCCAAGUGGCCAGCAGGGGGAGUGAGUUCAACAGCUGUCUCCAGUGAACAGCUAAGCCUGGAGCUCCACCAGGUGGAGAGAGAGAUCGGCAAGAGGACCCGAGAGAUGGCUUUGGAAAACCAAGUAGCCCAUGAUGUUCAGCAGUACAAGAUGAAACCUGCAGAGAAUGGACAACCAGAGCACAAGACUCAGCUGGAAGAAAUCUCCCUGGCUCUUGGUGAGGUGUCGAACGGCUCCAGCAGUCUGCAAGAAAGUGCAGUGGGCGGGUCCAUGCUGUCACUGACCAAUAAGACGUCUGCAUUGAGCCUGUGCUCUGACCCAGGUGCCACUGGCUCAGAAAUGCAGAAGAAUGGUGUCGUCCAUUCCUGCUCAUAGGCAGUAAACACUUACACACACACACACAUGCACACACGCACACACUCAAGAUGCUCAAUUGAAAAGCAUGCACAGGCACACAUACACCCAUUCUAUUUAGAAGAUGAGCAGUAUCUGCCGUGAUAUGAAUUUUCUUUCUUUUUGUUCUGUGAAUGAGCUUUUUUUAAUGACUUUCCUUGCCUGGAAACCAGAGCAUAUGAUAACAUUUCUCGUGUGUGUUAAUUUUUUCUUCUUCUUCUUCUUUUGUUUUGUACUGGGAUUAUAGAUUAACAAGGCUCACAAUAGAUAUAUCAGAAGAGAAAAUGGUGGUGGUGUUGACAGUUGUAUCUUCAUUGAGAAAGGACAGGCCUAUUCCAUCCUUAAUAGUCACAAAAAGUCAAGUUGUAGAUCGAUCCUUCCCGUGUGAGAUGUUUGGGUUAGUUGUGCUAGUAAACAUGCAGAUGAACGGUUAUAUACAGAGAGGCAGAUUAACAAGCACUAUCACAGUAACUUCUCUUGCAAUCUGACGAUCCACGAAGGCGUUGUACGAAACAGCAGGAGUGUGUCACUUGGUACUCAACCCCAGAAUCGUAAAAAAAAAAAAAAAAAAGUGAUUGCCCAGAUGCAGAUGGUCUGAGGAGGGAAAAGCAGUAUGAUAUUCCACCAGUAUUCAGCUGAGAUGCAAGGUGUUCAAGAAAUCCCUUUUGCAACACAUGCACGUCCUCACCUGCCACAAGAAGUAUGAUUUUAUUAGUGCAUUUUAUGAACACAUCAUAAGUCUGUUUCAUACUUGAAAGCAGUAUAUUAUAUAUUUAAUUGAAGCAUUCUGUUUUAAAGAUUGCAACAAGUCUUUUUGAUAACAAGCUUUCCACAUGUUUUCUAUAAGGGAAUCUACAGUGUGCUUCUCUCGGUUGUGGUGUGACCUGAUGUGGUUUGGUUGCAUUCAGUCCUAGCCGAUUAAGUUGUGAGAUUUUUUCACAGCACGCUCAAAAAAUUUGUGUUUUUUUUUAUUUUUUGUUUUGGGUGAAUGUACACGAUCAGGCCAAGAGAGAGUACAUCUUUCUGCCUCAGGGUUCAGGUGAACGUCUUUAUAACGUAGGGUAAAAAACAAAACGACAAAGGAUUUCUCUCCUCAGAGCUUCUCGUCUGGCCACACAAAAGGCCUCCCCAUUGGGAUUAUCUUGUCAUUUGUUCUCCUAACUUCUAUGAAGUUGCCUUCCCUUGUGUUUUUUUGUUCAAUUUUUGUUUUAUUUUUUCAUGCUUUACGUUGUUACGAUUUCGGGGGUGUGGCUUACCUAGUGAAGGCUUUAUAGAGCUUAGCUGAACGCGUGUCCUCUUCUCUAUCAUGGAUUCCAAGCAAAACAAAGACUUAUCAUUUGCAGUCUUAGAACGGAGACUGUUGUAGCGUUUUUAGCUAUGCAGUACAUUUGAAAUCAUGUUUACAGCUGAGGAAACAAGUGUUAGUAUCUGAGGGGUAACAAAACAAAGAUUCAAAACUACCUGUCCGCUGAUAGCAGAUUUGAUAAGUUAGUGUAUAUCGCAUUGAGUGUGUUUAAGCAUCUUUAUCGGUGAGUAUUACAAUAUUCUGUUCACUGUCACAUUUUCCUUCUCACACUUCGAUGUCAUCAUCACCACCAUUACCACUAAAUUUUCCUCUUUCUCCAUCAUGUUAAUUGUUUACUGCUGACGCUCUACAACAGAGCUCUUUGCCUUUUGUAAACAAUUAGCAUGAUUGGCUACAGUUUCAAAGCUCCGCUGAGAGCGAGUGAGUCCUUGUGUGCGAACGGUUGAGGGAAAGAGACGCUCUGGGUAAAGUCGUUAAACGUCGAGCCUUGGUUUCGGUCAGACGAGGGGCACUGAGACAGUUUUACAAAUCCCUGAUGACUGAUGAGUCAAAUAAAUACAGACACAAAUGUUUUGUGUCUCAUCUGGGUUGUUUGAUGAGCAUCUCUUCCAAUUUGUCAGCGCCAUGAUAGUGGAUGUUUGGGUUUUUCCUUUCCCUUUUUUUUUUUUUUUUUUUUUUGGGGUUUUAAUUUUUCCUACCACACUUCAAGCCUCUGGCUGCUCCUUGCUACAUUUAUUGUUUAGGUACACAGCUCACUUAUACAUAUGAGUAUGUAUACAUACAUUAAUAUACUAAAGCACUAUUAAUGUGCCACCUCUUAUUUUACUCGCUCAGCAUUUAUAUUAAAUGAUCUCUACUUAGAAUCAGCAAAAUGUUUUUGUUUCUUUUCGUCGUUUGAUUUGUUUUCUGUCCACUGGUUGCCAACACAGACUUUAUCCUUUCCCAGACGAAGGACCUCUGUGCGCAUUGAUGUGUGUUCACUUAAUCUUUUGUGUUCAAACAAAGAUGUUCUUUAUAGACUAUGCUUCCGAAGAAGACAAAAUUCUGUAACUUUGGAAAAUUUAUGGAGACGUUUUGUGUGUGCUAGAUUGUAUUGUAGAAAAUGUACCCUAAGUUUUUUUUUCCUCAAAGUGUGCUGUACUGGGUGAUAGUUUGGAGGUAUUACAAAAGUGUUGGGGGUUUUUUCCCACCCCUGCCCCAAAGAGGAUAUUCAGGAAGUCUCUGAUGAUAGGUUGGCCUUAAAUCCUCUUGCAGUGCUCCUUUACCAUGUCUGCUUCAGGAGCAUGAGGUGAUCUCAAAAAUACUAAUUAAAACAGAAUUGGCAUGAUUUAGAGUCAUACAGAUUGACUCUAGUAGACCCCCCCCCACACCAUGUUUUGAAAGUAGAACAGCAACAUGCAAUAAUGCAAAUCUCUGAUUUGAAUCAAAAGUGUUUUAUUUUUAAGGAAAUGUUAUUGACCUAGCUUGGUUUGUACUUCUUUUUUUCAUUCUUCUUUUUUUUUGUUUCUGCACUAGUUGAGUGAAUUUACUGACCUGCAAGUCUUACAGUCUUUAAUGCAUCAUCUGACCUGAGCUACGAGAGAAUCUGAGUGACAUUGUUCUUCUUUUAUGAAUAUUUACAACAAAUUGGCCCGCCAGCGUAAUUCUGCUGUUAUAAUGCCAUCAAUUGGCAACACAUGGUGUUCAUUCAAUAUGUUGUUUCUCACUAUCUCUACGUGCAAGUCAACCAAAACUAUCACCAUGCUGAUUCUACGUGAUAGGUCCCUGCAGGUCUGAAUGAGCCUAAAACGCCUUUAGCUUAGCAGACAUACUGACAUACAAUAACUUAUGGGGUGGUUUACUAUUAGUAAAUAGCAGAGAUGUUCAUUUCAAUCUCCUGUGUGUUUUUGUUUUCUGAGUGGAACUGCUGCCUCUACCCCUCAUUUACAUAACCAGUUAACCCCUCCACUCCCACCCUUGACCACUGAACUCUGUUACUGCUGUUUGAGGCUCACAUUUUAUUCCCUGACUUUCUGGGGAAAUUCGCAAAUGGCUAUUUUAUAUGAUUACUCCCUUGUAAAAUAUCUCUUAAAUUAAGGUACAGGUUUGAUUUCAGCAAGAAAAAAGAAGUUUUUAUAUGUAUAUUAUACUCCAUUAAGGAAUGUCUAGAAUUAUCUUCCUCCAAUGUGGAUGUAGCCAUUAUUACGCCAUUUUAUGACUUUGUAAGAGAAUUCACUGUGUGAAAAUUGGUUUGCAUUUUUGUAUAAUACAAUCUGCUUUUUUUUCGUUUGAUACGAGAGGGAGGUCAAACUGGAAGUUUGAAGAGAGAAAAAAAUGAACCUGUGAAAUUGAGAAAACAAAGUGUAACUUAUGUACAACAGUGAUUCUAAGCUGAGGGGAAAAGAUUAAAUGAUAUUGCUAACUCUGA